UGGUUUGAAUGUAUCUGUUAAAUUGUUAAUCUGUAAAAUAUUCAUAUUCGAGUUUAGGAUAUCCAGAGCUAUUUUGUACAGGCUUUUAUGUUAAUAAAUUAAAUUUACGGGUUUUAGUAUUGUUUAAUCAAUGAAAUGGACAAAUAAAAUCAUAAAUAAAUAAUUUACUCUUAUGGUCGUUAUAUAUUUAUCAGUUUCAAUUUUGUUACCGCGGGAAAACAGCAAUAGGUUUGACUACUAUAAUGGCCGCAAUAGCGCCAAUGCUUAGAGUGUUUGUUCUUUUAGUAUGAAUUACGAUUUUUAAGUUAACUUUUCAUAUUUCUCUUCUUUGACAUAGAGCAAAUAUAAAAUGGACAUUAACGCUGAGGUCUCAACACAGUUGUCCCUGAUCGAUGCACUGCUAAGCGACUUUGACAAGACAAUUACACCAUGUGCUAGCAAAAAGAAUGAGAAAAAAGAAGAAGAAACACAGGAUGCCAUGCCAGACUCUACUACCAACACGGAAAAAACUACCACAAACCCAUUCCACUGUGGUGACGAUGUCCUCGUACCCAACAAAGAUGGAAGAUAUUAUUUAGGUACAAUAGUAGAGCUGAGCACGAGCAAUGACAACGAUUCGUGCGAAGUGGGCACGGGAGUGGCGCGCUGCCUGGUCAAGUUCGGCGACGGCACGCACGCGUGGGCGCCCGUGUGCUCGCUGAAGCUGCUGAGCGCGCCGCCGGCGGACGACGGCCGCAUCAUGUGCGUGGUGUGCAAGCGGCGCGAGGGGCCCGCCGCCGCGCCCGCGCCCAACGCCGUCGUGGCCUGCGACCUGUGCGGCCGCGGCUACCACGCCAAGUGCCACUCGCCGCCCGUCGACGCCUGGAUCAACGGUGCAUCAUGGCAUUGCAAGCGAUGUGUGGAUCAACGCUACAGAGUGGCAGCAGCAGAAAAUCGAGCAUUAAAACGGUCCGAUCUGUUAAGGUUCAAGGGAGGUCAGCAGAGACGGCAACAACAAGAACUGACACCACCCUGUGAUACUGCAUCUACUACGUCGUCAACAGCAUCGGAUGCUGGGAAAGAUCAGAAUGAGGUACACUGUUAUUGUGGUGAAAAAAGUGAUUGGCUUGCGCAAAUGUUAUUAUGUUGUCGAUGUUCCCGCUGGUUUCACCAAAGAUGUGUUUCGAGUUUACAGUAUCCACUCUAUGCUGGUGAUAAGUUAUACAUAUUUGCUUGUGCGAAAUGCAACGGCGGCGAAGAGUACCUUCGGCGGUUGGAAUUGUGUUGGUUAGAGUUAGCACAUCUCGCGCUCUACAACCUGACGGCAUACAACGCGCCCAACUACUUUGACCUCGACACCGUCAUCAUGCCCUACAUCAUGGACAACUGGCACGCUUUGCAACUGCCCGAAAAGAUGUGGCGUACUCCAGUGAACGAGCGUCGGGAGAAAAUAUUAACUGCCUUAACGUCAUCGCGAAAGAGAUUCAAAUGCGGUCGUGAGAUGAAAAAACGUGCAACAAUUUGGGGCUUACGUUUGCGACGUCCGCCCCCACCGCCACUUCAGCUGUCUGCGCUGGAACAGAUUAAAAAAGGAGUGCCAUUGACUGAUGAACUUGUACGUGAAUAUGCUCCUCGGUUAAGGUUUCUAUCUAGAGCACCUUCACCACACACGGUGCUAUCUAUUGAUGAUAGUUCACAACCUUCCAGUAGUAACAACGAAAAAAGUUCCUAUAAAAGUCAUAAUCAACAAAUGAUAGUGCCAGUUGAUAGUCACUGGUUGAACCUUAUGAUGGGGAAGCGGUUUCACGAAAAUCUUAAUUCAAAUUCCAAUUCAGAAAAUGACUCCGCGAGUUCAUAUGAAUCAGUAAAAACAACGGAACGCGAUGAUCAACCUUCUCCCUCCGUAUGUACGUCCACUGCUAGGAAAUCCGAUGCCAAAGAAGAUGCUUUAGAAAAAAUAUCAGAAAUUAAUGAAUCAGAAUCUAAUGAAGCGAAAUCUACUUGUGAAAACUCUCCUGUGCCAUCUCUUGACAACUCUCUUUUACCAUGCUCUGUUAAGUUAAACAAUACACCCAAAGAUAAUACUGAUGAUAUAAACUCAAGCAAUAACGACUCUUGUAAUAUUAAUAUUAACAAACAUACCUCGCGAAUAGCCACUAUGAACCUAGAAGUCUCUAAAUUAUCCACUAAGAACAUUAUUGAACAUUCCAAAAUAAUGUCACUCCAGCAUAUGGACAGUUUACCUCCAUAUAGCAGUAGUUUCACUCAUGACAUGGAGUCCUCUGGUGACGAAACUUCAAGCAGAGGCACGCUAGAUGUUAUUAUACCACCGCUAAAAGAUUUUCAAGGGAAAAAUAAUCCAUUUCUAAUGCAAAAUACAUACCCAUCAAAGGCACCUUUUUCUUCAAACAUGAAUUUGUAUAGUAAACAAAAUGGUAGAAAUCACUAUCACUCGAGAUUUUCAUUACCAAGUCAACUGAAUCCAUUUAUGGGCCCAAUGGUGAGGCCUUUGAAAAGAAAACUAAGUGAAAAGGAUAUUGUUAUAGGUCCUAAUGGCGAAGUUAAGCGAAGAAAGUAUAGACGGCCUCGAAAGCAUUUGCAAUUGCAGCUCAACAAAUCAUGCCCACUGCCAGACGAGGGUUCAAAGACUGCUCAGACGCCGACCGAGAACGGCGACGUCACUCCACCCGCCCCCCAUAGCAUGAGUAAUGUAAAAUUCCACGGCAGAAGACUGAGACAGAGACAAGAGAAAAACUAUUACGAGAACGCACGUCGCAAUACAAACAACAACGCAACCAGCAAUAACAGUGUGAAGAGCUUGCAGCUGAGUCCACACAAGGCGAGCAGCGGCGCGCCCGAAGUGGACGCUCGGCAGUUGUCGGCGCUCAAGUCCAGCGUGCAGUCGUACUUCCGCGCCGGCCAGACCUACCGCGUGCUGGCGCGCCGCCUCGUGCCGGGCCACCCGCCUGCCUACCUCAUCGAGUGGGACUCCUCCUCGUAGACCGAGGCGUACAUGAAUUUAUUUAAAUAUAAAUACUAUUGUAAUUUUAAUAUAUAAGUGCUUGUCUGUAGCCUAAUUUAGUUGUACAGUAAGAUCAAGGAAUGUGAUAUAUUAUUAUUCCAACCUA